AUGGCCGAGGUGCUCGGGAUCGUAGCGGGCGCCGCCCAGCUACUUGAUCUCAGCACCCGAGUCUUGGUCGCGUCGUCCAGCCUGUAUGGCAAACUCAAGAGCAUCCCCGGCGAGAUCGAGACCCUCAAGAAGAACACGGAACUCUUCAUUGAUCUACUCUGGAUGAUCAGCAGCGACUUUGACGGGCCCAUCAACUCCCAAGUCCACUCCCUACAUGUCACCCAUCGAAUCACAUCGAUCCUUCACGAUGCGAGAAAGGAAUCUGAGGAGCUCGCGCUACUCCUCGAGGGACUUUCCUCCAACAACUCUAGCACAGUGAGACGCAAUUGGUCCGCUGUUGUAGGUGCAACCAAGGAAAAGGACAUCGCAGAGAGGUGCCGUCGAAUCGAGUCGUUGAAAUCCACGCUUCAGUUGUGGUAUCAGCAUCAAAGUAACGCAGGGCUGCGCGGGGUCAAACAUCAACUAGCUAUUAUGAAGCGGCUCGGCUCUCACGAGGACCCUGUUCCUUCUCUCGACGGCCCUCUUGGGCGCCGUCGGCGCCGACCCAGACGCAACGGCGCGUUUUGCACUUGUCGGCCUUCCGGCUCCAGUACUUACUUACGCAUCUAUGGACUCCAACUCUUCUGCUCCCAGGAGACCGCCCACUCGCCGAAUUGUCCUCAACGAGAUAGCUCGACUUCGUGGUCAUGCGGCGUGCGUGCCCUCAGCCCAAGAAUCCAGAUGAUGGUUGGAAUCCAGCUUGGUGGAUGGACCCUAUCCAUGGUUGGAAGACUAUCCCCUCACAACAUGGUCGACGGAAAGAAAUCUCCUGCUUUCAUUGCUAUAGACAAAGCUUGCCUGGCCCUGGAAUCUCUGGAGGAGCGGUGCGACGCGUUGAGGCCACCUGGAGUCUGUAUAACAGAUUACCAGUGGCCAUCAUAUCUAGAUUCUAUUUCAGCCAGAUCGUGUGUGCAGGAGGAAGCCAAAGCAACCUUUGACACUCUAUUUCAGCAACUUCGUGAAGCGUUUCAAUCUGGCAAGGCAUCUCCAGGCGACCGCAUGGCUAAUGGCAGAACUCUUCUCCACGAUUUUGUUUCCGUUGCGGCGCAAUGUGUUAGUUUACAUGGGGCCCUCUAUCGUGUUUUGGAUGCUAUUGUUAAGCUCCUUGUGGCGGGCAAUGCUGACCCCAACGCAUGCAUACCAUACACAGGGUCACCUGUUAAUCCUCUCUGCCACGCAUCUAUGGCUGUGAAGAAGAAGGCUGAUGUUCAGGAUAACAAACUGGACGAGAUUCUUAUCAAGCACGGAUGCGACACAUCGCAGGCCUUGCAAUACAGGGCGACCGAACCACAUCUUGUAGGGAUGUUGAUCAAGAACCAUCAUCUCCUAGAAGAUCACGAUCAAUAUCCCGCACAUGUUGCUGUGAUAAAAAGAUCCGAGGUAGAGCUAAGGCUCCUCUUGAUGCAGAACAAGAUCGACUUGCAUACAAAAACACCUUCUCUUCUGAGCCUUGCUGUUGGUUGGACUACUGGCCUGCAAAUCCUACUGGAAGCAGGGGCAAAUCCAGACGACGCCAUCUUGACAGGUAUCUGGCAGGAUCACCUUCCAAGCAUCGAGCUGCUGGUUAAUAAUGGCUGCUCCUUGUUUGAUCUUGGUCGCGGCAGUUUUACACAUGGCCGAGAGCUCAAGGCAGAUGCAAUAUUCUUUGCUACCUUGGUUCCAGCCUCUUCAGAUGUGAUCCGCCUGUUGGUUCAAAAAGUGGUAGAAAGAAGACUGGAACUGCUGCAGCUGGCAACGAAGCAGCUCCCCGAGACGUGCUUGAACAGCCUGGGAUAUAACAAACAACAGCAGACCCAACUUUUGCUUGACUACAACGCUCUCGAGAUAUUCAGACAACUUGAAGCUCGCAAGGUGCAAGUGCCCAAGUCCCUAUGGCCUGGGUCUACGACCACUCUCUACCACCACAGUUGGAUGACAGACACUUUGGCCAAGAGGCUAUACGAUGUCGGGUUUUGCAGCAUCGAUGAACAAGACGGAAAGGGCCAUUCGCCUCUUAUGAACACAGUUUUACGUUGUUAUACCUGGGAUUGCAUCCGGUUCGCUCAAUGGUGUUUGAGAAAAGGGUCCCAAUUGCCUAGAUCAAUGGAGUAUACCGACUUUCUUGACCAAGCCACAGAAUUCACACUCUCGAUUUCGUCUAAUGUCUGGAUUACGAAAGACUCGAAACUUUUCGGGCCCCUGAGCGUAUUCUCGCAACUUCAUCCCAAUGGAGUUGAGCAACGCGAUGGCUGCUACUGUUGGUGCAGUACGUCAGGUUGUACCCCAGUUGGCAUAGUUCUUAGGAAAAAUUCUUGGGGCUGGCUCGUACCAAGAUACCGCCAGCGCUGGCUUUUCAACAUAGCCAGGUACUCCUACUUAGGGUUAUCCCUUAGCCCAGACACAUUUGCGGAUAUUUGCAGGUUGGAAGUUUUUGAUCGCCUAGGCAUGGCCCAUACAUGCUCUCAUUGGGCGUGUGAUUGCUACCGCGUUUAUGGCCAUUCCUACAGCGGUUGUUAUGGUGGUGAUGACAGCAGCAGCGAACUGGAGGAACUCCAAGAAGAAGACCAUCAUCUAAAACAAGCCUUGGAUUCUUACCUUGAGUUAUACCUCUGCCUCUAUCAAAUCCAUGCGGAUCGUUUUGAAUCUUUCUGGAUCGCGUGGUGGAUCGCACUCGAGUACUUCUUACCUUUCGAGACAAGCAACAAAUACCACCGCCAUCUCCCUCUCAAAUUGGACAGCGUUUGCGAUCCCCGACGUUGCGAUGAGGAUCAAAGCCAUGACAGUUAUGAACCAAGAGUUGAGGCCAUCACGGCCUUCCUCGAUGAGUGUGUCCCACAGCUCGGUUCUGAAACAAGAGCUAGGUUUCUUCGUCAAUUUGAGCUGACGGAGAGUGAGUUUCGGUCUUUUAGCGAAUGGAGUGAUUACGACGGUUUGUUCGACGAUACUGAUGGAGAUGGAGAUGAUAGUGAUUGA